UUAGGGUUUUAGGGUUUAGUUUGUUUCUAGGGUUUAACGGGCAGCGAUGAACGCGAUCGCGCAUCCGGCGAGGCGCUACGCCCUCUGGGCCUCGGUGCCGCUGUCAGUUGGAGGGCUUUGGGCGCUUUCGUACUACCUGCGCGAGCGAGAACCAGUGCCCGAUAUUGUGCCCGGCGGGACGUUUGAGCCACAGCCAGGCCAGAAGCUUCCGCCAAAUAUGCCCAAGCUCAUCACAAACGAGGACACUGGAAAAUGGAGCAUUUACACGAGCAGAGGCAAGAAUCUCUUCACCCAGGGUCGGCUUGAUGAAGCCGAGAAGUAUCUGGUUAAAGCCAUCGAUCACGCAAAGAAGGGAUUUGGUGAAGAGGAUGCGCAUGUCGCUACCAGUUUCAACAAUCUCGCAGAGCUCUACAGGCUAAAGAAGGAGUACAAGAAGGCGGAGCCUCUGUAUAUUGAUGCUAUAAGUCUUUUGGAACAGUCAAUGGGUCCGGAACAUCCAAGUGUGGGCUUCGCGUUACACAAUCUCGGAGGGUUCUACCUCCUCCAGGACAAUUUUCCAAAGGCCAUUGAAUAUUACGAGCGAGCACUUAAGAUCAAAGGAAGGGGCCUUGGUUUGAAUCAUCCUGAAUACGCGAACACUAUGUUUCACCUCGGCAAGGCAAUGCAGUUAACCGGGAAGCCAACGGAGGCUGAGACGCUUAUUCGUCACUCAAUACAAAUUCUAGAGGACGGCGGUUAUGGCCAAUCACAGAGUGCCAUUCGAAGAAUGGUGGUUCUCGCAGAGAUUCUGACACAAACAAAUCAACUCCAAGAAGCGGAAAAUUUGCAGAGAAAGAUCUUACACAGCGUUGAAAUCACGCAGGGUCCUGAAGCUGCAAGCACUAUCUAUGCAUUGGAAAGCUUGGCAGAGACACUUCAACUGCAAGGCAACUUCGAUGAGGCAGAGGAACUGCUCAAGAGGUGUCUCGACUUGCGGCAAAAGAGUAAUAGCGGCGACCAUAUUCAGAUCUGGGCCACCUUGUUCAAGCUGGCAUGCGUAGCGAUGGGCCGUGCUAAAAGACAUGAAGGCGACGGUGCUAAAGAUGCAACGGCUGCGGAGUACGAUAAAGCAAUGACACUCCUCCAGCAAGCUAUCAAGAUUGCAGAGAAUAACUGGAAGCAAGUGACAUCGGCUUCGGAUGAAGUAAAAAGUUCUUAUUUUCUCCCACUGGUACAAUCGUUGAGCAUGGCUGGUCUAGUCAGUGUGAAGAACCUUGAAGCGUCGGGAAAUACUGCGGAUGAAGGGGUGAAAUUGGGAGAAAAGGCAUUGCGGCAAUGCCUGGAGAUUUUCAACUCCACGGAUGUGCCCGAUGUUGGGGCGGCGAGGGAGAAGCUGAAAUGCACCGAGCGGCUUGAAAAGCUUACUCGUUUGAUGCACGGGAACACGGCCGAAGCCAAGCGGCUUAGAAAGGAAGCGUCUCGUCUCAAGGCUGAAGUGCCUGGCUGAAGAACAAAAGAACUGCGAGCUUGAGAUGUACUUGGUGUAAUAAGGUGCCCACUCGCGCCGCGGUGGAUCGGCGCGUCCUGCCACAGUGAUCGAGUUUUGCGUUUCAUCCUUGACAACAGAUUCAACACCUGAAUUUGGAGCGAUUCAUCAACGGAGAAGAUGCUACGUACGUACUCUCUAAUUUGUUGAGAACUCUUUUCAGCCUCUGUUCCCAGCCUGCAAUGCACAGCAAUGUUACCUUGACUUCCA